UCGGGGCCCAGCACGCUCCGCCGGAGCCCCGCACCCACGCCUUCUCCUGUUCCGCCUCUGCCCGCUCAGGGCCCAGCGCUGCCUGUGGAUGAGCCACCGGACCUCCUCCUCCUUCAGAGCGGAGAGAAGCUUCCACUCCUCCUCCUCCUCCUCCUCCUCCUCCUCCUCCUCCUCUGCGGCCUCCCAUGCCCUCCCGCCCCAGGACCCACCCAUGGAGAAGGCCCUGAGCUUGUUUUCCGAGGACUUUGGCAGCUUCAUGAGGCCCCACUCGGAGCCCCUGGCCUUCCCAGCCCGCCCCGCAGGACCAGGCAACAUCAAGACCCUUGGAGACGCCUACGAGUUUGCAGUGGACGUCAGAGACUUCUCCCCUGAGGACAUCAUCGUCACCACCUCCAACAACCACAUCGAGGUUCGGGCAGAGAAGCUGGCGGCGGACGGCACUGUCAUGAACACCUUCGCUCACAAGUGCCAGCUGCCGGAGGACGUGGACCCAACCUCGGUGACCUCAGCCCUGCGGGAGGACGGCAGCCUCACCAUCCGGGCUCGGCGUCACCCGCACACGGAGCACGUCCAGCAGACCUUCCGGACCGAGAUCAAAAUCUGAGGCCCGCAACCACUGCCCUGCCUGCUCUCCCUCCUCCCCGAGGGGCCUCCCUAGAGCCUACCGAGUCCCGGACGACGCCCCCCCCAGGACAGCUCAGCUCAGCUCCUGGAGCCCCUAGGCCCCAGGCGGGCAUCGCCCCCAAACUAGGGCCCUCCACUCUACCAAGGGCAGCCGGCAACCCCCGUAUCUCCGUGUGGCCCCGAGAUUCCAGAGAAGGUAUCUCUCAAUUAGGAAUUGAGGGGCUGGGUAGGGACAGCUAGGUCCUAAAGACCCACUUUGAGGAAGGGGGAGGGGACAGGCAGGGCCUCUGGACAAAAGAUCUGCAGGACAGACAGACAGGGGAGCCAAAAGCGGGGGGGCGAGGGGGGCGCGCUGGACCAGUGGUUCCCUGGCAAAGCAGAGCAGCUCAGGCUGAGGGAAGGUCACGGGCAAAGUGCCCAUCCAGGUGAGACUGCCGGAGGGCCUGGGAGGCCACAGCGUGAUGACACCUCCCCUGGCCACCCCCUGCAACCCAGCCCGCCAGCUGUGCCCGGACAGGGCACGUCCGUCUGCACAGAUGGGAUUUUUCCAAUACAGCUGGUUCGUGACAAACCGGGUGAAAUCCUGCUGUCCCCUACCUGCCUGGUGCCUGCAGGUGUGUGGGACUUGUCCUCCCCCACCGCAGACCUGGGCUCCCGGGUCGCUCCCCCUGCAGCCAGGGUCCCCUACAGUGACCGUCUCCUGCAAUCGCCCCACCCCUCAGGUGCACCCACCCUUCCCGCCCUCCACCCAUCCGCACAUCUGGGGGCUUCGUGUGGAACCCACACCCCAGGCCCAUUGUCCUUCACAUCCUCAGUGAGGCCAAAUCAAAGCACCCUAAAAGUGGACUCCGCCCCUCCAUUUUUAUCCAUGGGGAAACUUGAGUGUCUAGCAAGCCCUUGGCACUGGCCUUUGUCACUGGAGGGUAGAUGCGAGCCCAGGAUGUCCGUGGUCCUCAGCCCCAACUCUGAGGCCAAGGGGAGUCCCCUCACUCUGUCCCCCUGGGGCUCUGCGUCCUGCUGGGGUGGAGGGGUCACAGAGAGAGCCCUGAGACCCGUUCCCUCCUGGUCCCCGAUCCGUGAGUGUGGCUCAGGCUUCCAAAGCGGGGGGGAGGGGAGAGGGUGGUUCACAGUCAGUGAGGGGCUCAGGAAAGAGGUGGGGCCACCUGUGCCACUGCUUCUUGGCUAAGCUCAGGGUCAGGGGCUUCUGACCCCUCUCACUCUGGGGCGCUUGGGGAGGGCAGGUGGGGCAGCAGGAGAGUGGGCGCUGUAACCUGGACGCACAAUAAAUGACAGUGUCACGGA